AUGAGGGUGGAUGAAAUGGUGGCAAUGUUUCUUUUCAUACUUGGUCAUCAUAAAAAGAAUAGAGUGAUAAAGUUUGAUUUCUUAAGAUCUGGUGAGAUGAUUAGUAGGUGCUUCAAUAAAGUAUUGAAUGGUGUUCUUCGAUUAAGUGACAACCUACUUAAAUCACCUGAACCAGUCCUCAAUAACUCAACGGAUGACAGAUGGAAAUGGUUUAAGAAUUGUCUAGGAGCACUAGAUGGUACGUAUAUUAGGGUCAAUGUACCUGAGAAAGAUAAACCUAGAUAUCACACUAGAAAGAACAAAAUUGCAACUAAUGUGCUAGGAGUUUGCUCUCAAGACAUGAAAUUUAUCUAUGUUUUGCCGAGUUGGGAAGGCUCCGCAGCAGACUCUCGAGUACUACGAGAUGCUAUGAGUAGGACAAAUGGUUUACGAGUUCCACAGGGUUACUACUACCUCGUUGAUGCUGGGUACACAAAUGGCAAUGGUUUUCUUGCUCCAUAUAGAGGGCAACAAUAUCAUUUGAAUGAGUGGAGAGAAGGACACAGGCCAACAACUUCUGCAAAGUUUUUUAACAUGAAGCAUUUUGCAGCUAGAAAUGUUAUUGAGAGGUGUUUUGGUCUGCUUAAACUCCGUUGGGCUAUCCUUCGAAGUCCUGCUUUUUACCCAAUAAAGACACAAUGCAAGAUCAUUCUUGCUUGUUGUCUUCUUCAUAACCAUGUAAGAAACGAGAUGCCUAUAGACCUGCUGGAAGCUUUGUUAGUGCAGAAUGUAGAAGAAAUAGAAGCUGACCCAAUCACUGUUGUUGAAGCAUCUCCUCAGUGGAGUAAUCGGAGGGAUACUUUAGCAACUGAAAUUAUGGACUCUCAAUCAACUGAUCAACAAAAUGGAAAAGGAAGAAACAAACACAAUUGGACCCCAACAGAGGAUGAAAAACUAGUUGAAGCUAUGGUGGAGUUAUGUGUUUCAGGAACAAUGAAGAGUGACAAUGGUUUCAAACCAGGAACAUUUGUUCAAAUUGAAAAGUUACUAGAGCAAAAGUUACCAGGUAGCAGGAUCAAAGCCAGUCCACACAUUGAGUCUCGGGUGAAGACUCUAAAGAAACAAUAUAAUGCUAUAACAGAUAUGAUUGUCUCCAGCAGUGGUUUUUCAUGGAAUGAUGAGAAGAAAAUGAUCAUAUGCGAAAAAGAUCUGUAUGACGGUUGGGUGAAGAUUUGGCAGAGUCAUCCAGCAGCAAAAGGAAUGUGGAUGAAGCCUUUUCCUCAUUUUGACAACUUGGGAAAUGUCUUUGGUAAAGAUCGUGCAAAUGGAAAGCAAGCAGCCAAUGCUACUGAUUAUAUUGAUGAGAUUGAUCUAAACAAUGAUGGCCUAGAAGAAAUUGCUGAAAUGAUGACUACUCCUCCACCUGUAGCAGCAGAAGGUCUAAAUGAAGCUCCAAGGAAUAGGAAAAGGAAGAGGACAGAUGCAUAUGUACUAGGGCUGACACAAAUGGUUGGUGCAAUGUCUAAGACUAUUGAAGCAAUGGAUAAGCUUGUGGGAAGUCUUGCAGAAUUUGAUCCCAUGCGUCAAGUCUAUGAUGAGGUAUCAAAAGUUGAAGGUUUAAGUACCUCGUCUAAACUAAAAGUAAGUCAGAUUAUCAUGGCUGAUCCUGUGAAAGUCAGUCUCCUUCUCAGUCUUCCUGAAGAUGUUAAAAAAGAAUGGGUGGAGGAAUUGCUUCAGUAA